AUGGAUCCCGGCAGCCCUGGCACUGUCAUCGCUCUUUCUAUUAUAGUUGCUGAGGUGUUGGUCGCCAUGUUCUCCAUCAUAUUCAUCACAUCUAUAAUCUUACGGGAUUAUUGUAGAAAAAACAAGUUAGAGGAUAAGGAUAAGAUCCACCUGGCUCUGAAAGCGUCCAGCAUCUUUUUUAUGACAGUGUUGCCUUACAAUGAAUUCUCCAAAGUCCUGAAACCCGACCACUCCAUAUCGAGUCCCUUAUUUACCCUGAUGGUCGUGUACUGUAUGUGCUCGUCUCCGUGGCUCAUCACCCUCCAAUGCUUCUUCUAUUUCAUUAAGGUUGUGAACUUCCAAUGGGUCUUUAUUUGUUGGGCGAAGAUGAGGAUCAGCUCCAUUGUCUCCAGGCAGAUCGUGGUGGUGGAGGUGAUGUCCCUGUCUACCAGUCUCUUACAUUUAUUACCCAAUAGAAUGGCGCAUGUCUCAAACAGCUCAGAAAUCUCACCUACCUACAUGUCUCCAGAACCAAUGAUUGUAAAUAACUUUGGGUCAUAUCUUCUAUUGAUUAUCAUUUACGCCCUCCAUUUCUUGACAACAAUCGCCACCUUCAUAACUGCAGCCUUCCUGAGGUGCCACGUGAACAAGAUGAAGGACACCAACACGACUGGAGAAGUCCACCGUUUUGGGUACUGGAUCAACAUCAUAUUGGUCUUCUCAUUUAUCUCAACAAUAAAUGUUUUACAAAUUCUUGAGACUCCUCAUCUGAGGACAACCUGGAAGGAGAUGAUAAGUUAUUUCAUCCUCUGUAGAAAACCUGAUACCCAGUUCUCCAGGAUCUGUAAACCUUCUCACACUCUUCCCCUGAGCACUGGGCAGUUUUGUCCAAUGUUCUAUCCAAGAUUCCAAGAUGUUGUUCUCAUUAGAUUCUUGGCCCAAUGCCGGGCUCUCUUCUCACUACUGCUCCUUCAUCACCAACUUCACACACCAAGUAUUCCUUUGGUUCAGGAAGAUGAUCUCCAUGAACUUGUGGCCCCUUCUCUCUCUGUUCGCUGUUGUGUCAUUUAUCAUCGCUGUCUCAUCCAUCAGGGCCAUAAAUGUGCAGAUUGA